CGACUGCAAACCCAUGUGGUCAGGUCUUUCACUGCCUGACUAACUUCAUUCCCGUACCGUCGGUAAUUAAUGCCAUUUAAUCCUAUCACUUGGAGUCGUGAAAUUAUGUGAACAAAAUGUUGAAACAACAGCUCCUGGAUGAAUACGAGUUCCAGUCCGAUUUGGAAAGCGCUAGGCAGUGUACACAGGCACCCUGCCGUCGUGUUGCCGAUCACUGUUCCAGCCUAUUGGACGCACUUAUCAUUUUCAAGACCUGGUUUAUUCAAAGACAAGGAGAACUAGGCCCAACUAACCACCAACAGCAUUCAAUAACAGAUGGUGUUCACUCUACUGUCAUUCAAUUUGAUCAGACCAACGGUAAUACGUUGUCUCAUUGUUCACGUUCUCUUACCGCCACAAAUGGUCCCAUCGAGUCCUGCAGUGCAAUGGAAACAGCUAACAUGGCGUCUGCGGUGGUAUUGCGUGAACGCGACUGGGCUUUAUCGCGUAUGCGACGGAUGGAAAAUCAGGUGGGCCGUCUCCGUAGUGCGUGCCUCGCGAUGCGUGUCCAACUGGAGGCCGGACUUCGCCAUAAGAUAGAAGCGGACCAAGUGAAACGGGAACUAGAAAUGACGCUUAAGACUGUAGGUCACUAUGAAAACAUCAUUUCCGAAGGCAAUCGUCUCCGAGAAGAUUUACGAACAGAGCUAGCAAGAGUUCGCAAAGAGAUGUCCGUUGCUCGUUCGCGUAUGGCACCAGAUUCUGCAAGUAGCGGUGUGGGCAGUCGCUCUGCUACCAUUCGAAUGCAUGGCCACCCUUCUGACUCUUCCGAGCGAGCUGAUUCAUUGGCUACAUCAAUGAUGGCGACACUGGGUGAUAUGCAGUCAUCAUCAGCAAGUGAACUACGGAUCAUCGUUGAACGACAGGCUAGAUGGAUAGAGACAAUGAAUACAGAGACAAAAGAACUCAGGGGGAGUAUACGUGUGCUCUCCGAAAAGGACUCUGAACAAACAAAGAUGAUAGAUACUCUUCGUACAACUGUGCAAGACGUGAUGGAUCGCAUCUCUGCCCUGGGCCAUAAACGACAAACGUUAUCCGCUAGCCCCUUUGGAUCCGUCCUAGAUUUUUGCUGGUUGUCAACUCUGGCAGCUCACCUACAUUUGGAGAUACCAGAAAAUCUGGCGGAUAUUGCAAUGGAGCACGACCCAAAGCGAGAUGUAGUUGUCACAACAGAAGCGGCCGCUUAUGGCCAGUCAGCACAACCUACUACGCGUUGCAAACGCAAGCUUCGACCAGAAUUGGAUAAGUCAAAGCCUGAACCCCCAAAGAAAACUACGAAGACAGAAGUGCCCAGUCCAGCUAAAGUGGAUUUGGAUGAAUACAUGGAAAGUCAGUCCUCUUCCUUUAGUGACGUCGAAUCGGUGCCGUCAUCUGUGGUUCACGGAUCUAAACUUUUGGAGGAUAUCUUGUCAGAAUUGCAUCAUCUCGAAGGUGAUCCACUCUUAUUACUGGUGCCGGAUGAACCGUCUCCUAGUAAGAAGCAUGUUCCUGAUUCGAAAAGCGUUAUGGACUCUCCUUUGCCCAGUCCUACCUCCUCACCGACACUACGAAAACGACGCAACUCUCGUCUGAUCUCUGACUCUUCGGACGCACAUCAGGUUCGCGCCGCUAGUCCAACUACAGUCACCUCAUCCUCAUCCAAAACGCAUAAGCUUCUGUUACCAGACUUAAGCACUUCCGUCAAACGUACCGGUUCGCUUCCAGUUGACGGCACAGCUGUGGCUGACCGAACAUCUCCACGAUUGCUCGAGUUGUCCUCAAUAAGUGAACCGUCAAACGACGAAAAGAAUAUUGCGGCCACCUCAACGGUUCAAUCUCCAACUCCCCCUACCCACAUCCCCGCGUCGACCCAAGGACCGCGAACGCGACAAAGCAAGAGGAAUGUCUCUGAUACUAAGCGCAUUGUUCGAAAGCUGUCUGAGUCCAGCGAGGAUGCAAGCAUCACAGUUCCCACCAGACGUCGUAAGUUACGCUCUUCGAAGGGUGCCGCACUUGAAGCCACUGAAUUGACUUCAUUGGUACAGCAUGAUGCUGAAUCUCCCUCCCAACCUCCCACGAGGGUUUUCAAACGAACACCACCUGAAGAAGAACCUACAGCGACUUCAAAGAGCCACAUUCGUUCUCGGCGUACGGAUAAUAUUGUCCAUCUGAACCCUACUCUGAGUUCGCUGUCAUCCACCACAGUUCCGGUUGUUCAUCCUUUUGUUCCAUGUGGUUCGAAACGAACACCGGGACGUUCUGCUGCCGCGGACGUAAUCGCCGAUGCAUCUAUUGCCACGAGGGUUCCAACUUGCCCGGCAAGCUAUACUCGCAAAUCACGCUCCAGGGUUUCUAUUUCAUCUGCAAACACAAAAAAAGAUGAAAGACAGGAUGAAAAUACUCUGGACAUUUGCCUUCUGUCCCUCUUACAGUCUGCCUAUUCGCCCAAUACUAUUGACUGGUUUGACCACAUCACAUCUGAGGCGAUCACAAAUGAAGCAUCUGUUAGUGAUCCAGUUACCGUGAACCAACUUUCGCCGGUGCAUGCUCAUGAUAUUUCACAAUCUCACUUGCCACCUGUGUCCACGGGCGACCAGCAACAACAUUCCUCUGACAGUUUUUCUCACUUGACCACUGACUUGGCUGUGAAAGCAGCACCUCAACAAGAACCUGUUGCUACUGCGCUCGAUUUGAAUUCAUCUCUCCAGACAUCCUUUAGUGACUACCUGCUUUGCUCAGCAAGUAACCGGUCUCCUGCUACAUUAGCGCAGUGUCUGUUAAAUGUGCCACUCGCCAACAGUUUGGAUAUAGUAUGGUUAACGUUCCUUGAUGCAGCUCACCAUGAUAGGGUUGAGGAUUCGGAGCUGAGAGAGGUUAAAUUUGUCAAUCUCUGCCUGGCCUUAACAUCACAUCUGUCUGUUCGUCAGCUUAGCGACUGGCCCUUAUAUCAUACUAACUAUUUUCGUUAUCCCGUCCAAACGGCUGCCGCGGUCAAAUGUGUCUAUCGAUUAUUUUCCGUAGACCGAUCUGCGGAAGCCAAUAGUUACUCGCGAGUGUAUCUUACUCGCCUCUUGCAAAGUCUGAGCAACAGCAAUGUUGACCAGUUUCUGCUCAUCUCAUUGCCGUAUAUAGUGGAUGAGUGUCAUACCAUCUUCAAUGAACUUUGGCCCGGGCUGCAGCCACUAAGAGACGCAGCGGCGUCACAGUUCUAUCAUCCAGUAGCGGAUCCACAGUCUUUUUCCUUCCUAAUUGCCACCGUGCAAGCUCUCUUAGCUUGGCAAGAAGCUAGGGUUAUGCGAUCCCAAACCGUAAUCAAGCAGGAUAAAAAGAAACAAUCGAUGGAUAUUCAGGCUAUUUUUGCUAGACUCCAUACAAGUGAGUGGCUUCCUGGACAACCUUUAGAUUCUCGUCGGCCGACAAGUCUAACCAGUUUGGCUCUAUCACAACAGAAUCAUCGAUUACGACGCUUGGCACUUCGCCUAGUCGAUGCGUGUCUGCAACUACAACGAACCGAGGGUAGUGGUUCCAUCACCGUGGUGAAUACCGGACCAACCCCAGAGCGUCAAGAAGCUGCUUGUUCACUACACAUUCUAAUUUCUGCCAUGGCUUUUGUAGUCGGAGAGGAAGCAAUCAUUGACAACGAAGAGGAUGUCCAAGAUUGUAUUUGUGAAUCUGAAGGUUCGACCAGUACUCAUCAGCGAAAACGUCGAAAUCGACAAACACAUCGUCAACAACGGCAAGGCUUACUAGGAUGGCUACUCAACGGACGUCUUCUCCCUUGGUUAACAAAACAAGCGAAGCAAUUCUGUACCGGAGAGUAUAGGAAAGAUGGCGUUCCAACAGGAUACAAAGGCAGUUCAUUCCAUCGUAUCAUCAAGGACUUUAUGGUUCAGGGUGGAGAUUUUAUCAAUGGGGAUGGAACCGGUUCUUUCAGCAUCUACGGUGGCACCCAAUUUGCGGAUGAGAAUUUCAGGAUGAAGCACAAUUCCCCUGGAAUGCUUUCCAUGGCCAACAGUGGUCGAGAUACAAAUGGAUGUCAGUUUUUCAUCACUUGUGCUCCGUGCGAGUUUCUUGAUGGGAAACACGUAGUGUUCGGUCAGAUUGUCGAUGGAAUGUUAGUGCUGAAGAAGAUUGAAAACGUCCCCACCGGUGCGAACAACCGUCCCAAGGCUCCCGUACUGAUCACUCAGUGUGGCGAAAUGUAACCUCGACCUUCCCUGUUGUAAAUAAAACGUAUUUGACUGUGUGUUUGUACAUGCCUGUUAAGGCUAUUUUGUAUUUUAAAAAUGCUGCGAUUGAUUUGUCUUGUUUUUUUCCAGCCUUCUCAUGACAUUACUGUGAUUCCUACGCUUUCAUAUAUCCUGC